AUGUGCUCUCGGGCGCAUGCGCAGAUAUUUUGCAUAUCCGGUUGUGACCGCCGACACCCACGAGUUUCGAGAAAGUACACGGCAGUCCCAUCCAUCCCUUUCCCCGUUCACUGCCACUGCCUCCGCCCGUCUGACGACUCGCGACGGCCGGACCUGCCGGCGGCCGGCCAACGGCGAGGCGCCGCCGCCGCCGCCGCAAGGUAUCCGUCCAUCCCGCCCCGUCCUCUCCACCACCGCCACGCCGUCCUGACGAUCCUCCGCCUCGCACCGCAGCGCCGCCGGAAUGCCUCCAGGGAAGAGGCACGGGAGCGCGCCGCCGCCGGUGCGCGGCGCGGACCGCAUCGGCGCGCUCCCGGACCCCAUCCUGCAGCACGUCCUCUCCUUCCUCCCGGCGCAGGCGGCCGUGCGGACGUGCGUGCUGGCCCGGCGCUGGCGCCACCUCUGGAGAUCCACCAGGGGCCUGCGCUUCGUGGGCCUCGACGGCGCGGACGCCGUCCAGGGCCUCCGCAAGUUCAUGGACCACCUGCUGGUCCUGCGCGACCGCGCCGCCGACCUGGACGCCGUCGAGAUCAGGUUCGACCGGUUCUCGGUGGCCGACGACGAGGCCUACGUGAACCUCUGGACCCGCUUCGCCGUCACGAGCAAGGUCCGCGACCUCACCGUCCACAUCGGCGCCUCCUCGUACCUCGACCUCGACAACCUGCCCCUCGUCUCCCAGCACCUGCGGGUCAAGAACCUCGACGGCCUAAGCCUGCAGCAGAAAUUUCUUGAUCUCGCCGGCUGCCCGGCGCUGGAGGUUCUGAAUAUGCAGCAUUGCGACAUCAGUGUUGGUAGGAUAUCGUCCCGUUCCCUGAAGCAUUUGAGCCUCAGAAGCUGCCGCUCCAACUCCAAUUGCUGGGUCCAUGUCUCUGCCCCGGGCCUUGCCUCUCUGGUGCUGGUUAGAUUCGGGGGCACAACCCCUUUUCUUGAGAACAUGGCGCUGCUGGAGACCGCGCGGCUUGAUCUUAGCGAUGACUUCGAUGUCUGUUUCGAUUACGACUCCGAUGAGAAUUCUGUUCCUUUCAAUAAAGAUGACAGUGGCGAUUCUGUGCUCCUGGCUGCUCUCUCAGGUGCUAAACAUCUGGAGCUGGUAUCUGCAUUUCAAAAUUUCGUUUUCAGAAGAGAUUUGAGGCAGUGCCCUACAUUCAGCAAGUUAAAGACUGUAUUACUCAGUGAGGACUGGUCUGAGGCUCCUGACUUGGAUGCACUAGCUUGCGUUCUGAAACACUCACCAGUUCUAGAGAAGCUCACUCUUCAACUCUUUACCAACAAGGGACCAAAACAAGAAAUGAAAAUGAAAGGAAGCUACAGUUCAGCGGAGAGAUCGGCUGCAAUAUCAGAGCACCUUAAAGUAGUUGAAGUCCAGUGUAAUGUGGUCAAUCAGGGAGUUUUCAAAGUUUUGAAGUUCCUCUGUGCAUUUAAUAUACGAUUCAGUUUUGAGUAGGGGUGAGAAGAUGUGGGGUGUCAGUUGAUCUGCCAUCCCUUUGCUAUUCAGAAAUGCGAUGCUGAAUAAGUACUCCUAUACACAUUGUGACAAGGUUUCCAUCUUCUUCUUUUUUGCAUGUGUGUCUGAUACCAGUUCUGUCAGUUUGUUCUAGCCAAAAGAGACGAGAAUAAUGUUGCACAUGAGAUUGCUGCUUUUGUUCGUAGAACCAGGAGCUGGAGCUGUUUGGAGCUCUGCCGUUCCUGAUCAUACAUAUAGCUCAUGUAAUCAACACUGAUUGUAACUAUCUUGUCACUUGUACUGAAUAAAUAUCUCUUUCGGCCCUAAAAAAACAAUUCUACCCAGGAACGGUGUACAUCACACAUAUUGUUAGAGCGGAUCAAGUAGACUUGUACACGUAUUGUGCUGUUGUCCAUAUCGAAUGCGUACAAGUCUACUUGGCCCGCUCUAACAAAUAUAUCCAGAUCCAUGAAGCACAAAGAAACAAUCCAUGUCAGUACAAUACAUUCUGGAAGCAUGGUCUUCACAAAAGACCAAUCACAGUUGAGAACAAGAAUCAUGUUGCACACACUGAUGCAGAAGAUCUAUGUUAUCUAGUUCGGGCUGAAAAGUAUCCAGUAGAACAAGUGGCAGCGCUCUGGGAUUCGAGGCUGGGCACGCCGGAGGCCCGCAACGCUAUUAUCCAGCUCAGACUGCGACGGCCGCGGUGUGUGGCGAAGGUCUUGGCACCAUUUGUGGUCAUGCUUGAGAUAAGGCGUGAAAAUUGCAGGUGAGAUGCAAGUUUGUGGAUGUGAUGCCUCUGUAAAAGGGUUUUAAACCCCUGGGACCUGAGCUGAGCACCCAACAUUCCAACUCACGCUUCAGAGCUCACGCACCGCAGCACCUGGCAAAGACGCAUGCAAGAAGAAAGGCUGCCGUUUUGUGCGACCUGGACGAGCAAAGGUGCCUACUCUUAUCCUCCUGUUCUGAUUAGUAAACAUUUUUGGCUUCUGUCUUGCUGUCGGGCUUGUCUUCGUCGUUACUGUCGUGUGUGAGGUAGUAUUAAAUAGUACUGUACUUCACAAAUUUUAACCUCUGUGCACUAAUCUGUGUUUUGAUUUUCGGUUUGAGCUUUUUUUCGCCCUAGGCCGAGAUGGCCGAAUUUCGGCUGUUUUCAAAAAUUUCGGCUGAAAUUUGACCAAAUUUUGACUGCAAUUUGACUUAAAUUUGACCAAAAUUUACCAACUUUGACCAAUUUCGGCCUAAAGUUACUUUCCGCCCCAGGAUAGCGAAAUUUACCAACUUUGACCAAUGUCAUCCAACAACUUCAUCGGUCAAAUUCCAAGUUCUCUUGGUAGGCUUGGGAUGUUGAGUUAUCUAAACCUUCAGACAAACAAGCUCGAGACCAAGGAUAGCGAAAGCUGGGAAUUCAUAGGGGCCUUAAGCAACUGUAGUUACCUGCAGACUCUCGGACUAGGUGAAAAUAGGUUACAAGGAGCUAUACCAACUUCUAUUGGUAAGAUGUCACCCGAACUUCAACUGCUAGGGCUGGAAGCAAACGAACUGUCAGGUGCCUUAACAUAUCUAGAUUUAUCUAACAACAUGCUCGAGGGCCCGAUUGAAGGGUGGGUUGGAAAGCUGAAACGUCUAAACGUUAUAGCUCUUGGCGGGAAUAGUUUCACUGGCCCAAUGCCUCCUCUAUUGGUAGUCUUACUAAGUUAGUAGAGAUCUAUAUAGCAGAAAACGAGCUUUGAGGUCGGGUACCACCUAGUAUGGGUAACCUUACCAUGCUCACGAAGUUGAACCUUAGUUAUAACGACCUACAGGGUAACAUUCCUAGAGAGAUUUUCCACAUCACCUCUGCACUGACAGAAUGUAUAUUAUCCUACAACAAUUUACAUGGCACAAUACCGACAGAGGUCGGUAAUCUUAAACAACUCGUUUCACUGCAUCUCUCAUCCAACAAACUUUCUGGGGAAGUUCCUGGUGCUUUGGGUGAAUGUCAAGAGCUGCAGAUCAUCCAAAUGGACCAAAAUAUUCUCACAGGGAGUAUUCCACAGUCUUUGAGCAAUCUGAAGAGCUUAGUGGUGCUCAACAUUUCACAUAACAGUUUGUCCGGAACCAUUCCGACACCACUAAGUGAUAUGCAAUAUCUCGAACAGUUGGAUCUCUCGUACAACCAACUGCACGGGGAAAUACCACAAAAUGGAGUAUUUGUUAUUUGGGUGACUUUGGCAUUGCAAACCUCGUGUGUAAUUCAAACUCAACAUCAGUUGGACAUUCCAGUUCAGCCUCAACUUCAGAUAGCCCAAUCGGAUUGAAGGGAACUAUAGGAUAUAUUGCCCCAGAGUAUGCUCAAACUGGCCAAGCAUCAACCAAUGGGGAUGUUUUCAGUUUUGGAAUAGUUCUUCUAGAGAUGUUGAUAGGUAAAAGACCAACAGACCCUAUGUUUGACAACGAACUCAACAUUGUCAAUUUCGCAGAGAGGAACUCCCCAGAUCAGAUAUUAGAAAUCAUUGAUGCUCACCUACAAGAAGAAUGCAAGGGAUUCAUUGGUGCAUCAGCGGAAGCAGGAGACUUGGUAUAUCAGUGCUUGGUGUCCCUUGUGCAAGUAGCUCUAUCUUGCACGCGUCUGUCUCCAAGAGAGCGAAUGAACAUGAGAGAAGUAGCCAUUGCACGCAGCCAGAACAUCAUAUAUAUGUUGGAGCAACCAAGCGAGAGCAAGUUAUGCCACGCUAGAGUGAUUUGGUAAUUGACAUCGAACUUGUCAGGAUUUAACUCGCGUUAUUUGCAACAUGUGCCAUCGAGUUUGUAUAAAUGAAUCGGUAUGAAUGAAUUAAGGUAAUUAUUUCAAA